GCUAAGUUGGCAACAGUGCAGCACUAUUGUUUUUCUUGUCCUAAAGUGUUUUGUUGAACUAUUAAAAAUCUGCUGCCUGCCAGUGGAAAGUGCAUUUAAAUUGAGUUAAACUCCAACAAUCACAAGUUAUCCUAGACUAUGGCCAAAAUACGAGUGCUUGUGCCGGAGCUGGCGGAAGUGGCGCGAACGGAGCUCAACGAGGAUGCGGCAAAUAGAGAUGCACUAAUUGUGGCAUUCCGCACAUGGAUCAAUGAACAAAGCUACCUGGAGGCACGCACCGAUGAUCAAUUCUUGGUCGCAUUUCUGCGGGUCUGUCUGUGGGACUUGGAAAUGGCCAAAAAGCGCAUAGUCUUCUUCUACAACUACAAGUCCAAGGAACGUGGACUCCUCAAAAGUCGUCUCGUCGAUGACAAGCUGCUCGAACUGGCCAGAUCCGGCAUAUUUGCUACGUUGCCAAAUCCAAUUGGACCUGCAGGUCCGCGGAUUCAUUACACACGCAUGGGACACAUUGAGACUUCCAAGCACAGUGUGACCGACAUCUUUCGCUUCCAUGCCUUCCGCUCCGAAAUUGAGAUAAAUACAGACGAUAAUUGGAACAUUUCCGGCGUUGUUGAAAUUAUGGAUUUCACUAAAAUACCAUAUUCACUUCUGCUGCAGUUCGAUGCCAGCAUGUUCCGGCGCAUGAAUGCCUUCCUGGAGCAUGGCAUACCCACGAAUUUAGUGGCCACACACAUUGUGAAUGCCUCGCGUGAAACGCAAUUUGUGCUCACUGUAAUCCGCAAUGUGAUGAAGCAGAAGGAACUGCUGCACAUACACCCCAAUGUGGAGUCACUGGCAAAGACCAUUGGCAAGGAGUAUCUGCCGGUGGAGCUGGGCGGCAAUAAUGGUUCCCUCAACGACGCCAUUUCCCGCUACGAGACGCAACUGAACAGCUUUGCGAGCUACUUCAGUGAGGAUGAGCGUUACGGUGUCGAUGAGAAGCUGCGUGAGGCCAGUGAGAAGGAACAACGUAAUACGUCGCUGGUCUCUGGUGUCACUGGAGAAGACGGCUCCUUUCGCAAGAUGAACUUCGAUUGAGACUGUGGCUUGGGCAGUUCUGUUAAUUGUAUAUUCACAUGCACAUACUAUAUACACCUCACUCUCUCUAUGCAUAUAUGUAUACCCCUAUAUAUAUAUAUACCCUAUACAUAUAUGUACUACAAAACGCUAUAGCGAACUUUGGUCAUAGCAGAACCUGAUAUUUUAUAACAAUUCAUAGAAAGCAACAUCGAAACUAAAAGCAAAUUGAACAAUGUUACAACAAAUACAAAAACCAAAACAAAAACAAAAAAGUAAAGAGUGCACACUAAAAAAUGAAAAGAAAAUGAAUCCAAAAAAAAAAAUACAACAAAAAACUACAAAAAGCGCCAUCAAAUGGCAAGAAAAAACCUCAUGAAUGUCGAUUAUAAUUUAUUGUCGUUCUUAUCAAAAUAUGUAGUACAUGUCCCCAUGUCUAUCGAUGGACGUUUUGGAUAGUCGCCCAAAAUUAUUCUCGCCACAUUUCGCUCACUAUGAACGUCUUCUACUUAUACUUAAACUAUGCUAAGUUGUUGGCUUUUAUUUUAAACAUGCGCGUACGCACAUACAUACAUACAAACAUACAGAAUGCAUAUAUAUAAUUUUUCGAUGAUUUUUGCAUUAGUUAAGUGUCGUUUCUACUAAUUUUUGAUACUAGUUUACACAUAUACAUACAGAUAUACAUAUAUAAUAUAUAUAUGUAUAUAUAUUUAGUAUAUACAUACAACAAAUAUAAUUGAAUGAGUAUUGUAGCGCGACCCAUGUUGAGUACGUUAAUAAAUUAAAACGAAUUUGUUUAAAUGUCAAAACAAAAACACAUCUGAAACCAAA